GAGAAAGCCUCGGUGUGUUACUUCCGCUCGGUGGUCAUAGAGAUAGGAAUAAUAGAGGCGGCCAUAGAGUGGAAUGAUGCGCAUUUAGUGAGUGCGGUUCCCUGGGUCCGGCCAGCCGAGAACGAUGGGACUUGCAGUCCAACGAGGCCACGUUUUCGCGCCUCAACCCAAUUUGGCCGUUGCCAUACUGGCGCUGUUUCUCUCUCGUGCGGCUAAAGAUGAAAUGAAAAGUGCUGUUGCGUGUUGUUAUAACGAUUAUCGUUCAUCCUCCUCCUCUAACAUCCAGACUCCGCGCGCCCGCAAUAACGGUUCCCAAUCUGGCGCGCUUAUGGCUGAGGAUCUCGAGAGACCAGGGCCUCUCCGCCUCGUCGCCGCGGGGCAUGCUGGGGCUUGUAGUCCCCCAGCUCCAAGACCGGAAUGGCUCCCGGGGAGUCCCGGAUGUAGCGGCGAGGACGGAGGCCCGUGGCGAUGGCGGGGCUCCAGGAACAGGAGCGGCUGCAGCGGAGGCAGAGCGUCGCUCCGGACGCGGAGGAGGAAGAGGGCCAAAGCGAUGAGCCCCUGCAGCUGAACCUCGGGGAGCUGGACCUCACUUCAGAUGAGUUCAUCCUGGACGAAGUGGACAGUCAUAUCCAAGCCAACUUGGAGGACGCUCUGGUGCAGGAGGCCUUGAAAACGGGAGUGGACCUGAGGCAGUACUCCAAGCAAGUGGAAAUGGAGCUGCAGCAGAUAGAGCACGCCUCCAUCAAGGACUACAUCAAGGAAAGCAAGAACAUUGCCUCACUCCAUACCCAGAUCACAGCCUGCGAUGCGGUCUUGGAGCGCAUGGAGGCCAUGCUGAGCUCUUUUCAGUCUGACCUGAGCAGCAUCAGCUGUGAGAUCCAGACCCUGCAGGAGCAGUCGGUGGCCAUGAACGUCCGGCUCCGGAACCGCCAGGCCGUCCGCGGGCGCCUCUCCCAGCUGGUGGACGAACUGGUGGUUCCCAACGUCAUGAUCAGCACCAUCCUGGAAACGCCGGUGACGGAUCAGGCCUUCUUGGAGCAGCUGCAUGAGCUGAACAACAAGAUCAACGCCGUGAAAGAGCAGGCCUUCCGCGAGACCAUGGCCUGUACGGAUGUGACUGACGUCCUUGACAAGCUGAAGACCAAGGCGGUGGCCAAGAUCCGGGAGUUCAUCCUGCAGAAAAUCUACUCCUUCCGGAAGCCGAUGACCAACUACCAGAUCCCGCAGAACGCCCUCCUCAAGUAUAGGUUUUUCUACCAGUUCCUGGUGGGCCAGGAGCGCACGGUGGCCAAGGAGGUCCGGGACGAGUACAUGGAGACCAUGAGCAAGAUCUACCUCAGCUACUUCAAGUCCUACACUAGCCGACUCAUGAAGGUGCAGUACGAAGAAGUGGCCGAGAAGGACGACCUCAUGGGAGUGGAGGACACGGCCAAGAAGGGCUUCUUCUCCAAGCCUUCCCUCCGUAACCGCAACACCAUUUUCACGCUGGGCAACCGAGGGAAUGUGAUCGGGAGCACUGAGCUGGAGGGGCCCAUCAUCGUUCCCCACUCCGCCCAAAAGAGCGACGUCCGGUACCCCUUUGAGUCCCUUUUCCGGAGCCAGCACUAUGCCCUGCUGGACAACAGCUGCCGGGAGUACCUCUUCCUCUGCGACUUCUUCCUGGUGACCGGGACCCCUGCCCUGGACCUCUUCCACACUGUCAUGGGCAAGACCCUGGCCAUGUUCCUCAAGCACAUGGAUGCCUACGUGAGCGACUGCUACGACAGCAUUGCCAUCUUCCUCUGCAUCCACAUCGUCCUGCGCUUCAAGACCAUCAUGGCCAAGCGCAAUGUCCCUGCCAUCGACAAGUAUUGGGACACACUGCUGGAGAUGCUGUGGCCCCGUUUCGAGCACAUCCUGGAGCUGAACAUCCAGAGCAUUCAGAAUACGGAUCCCCAGAAGCUGGGCUUCCUGGACACCCGGCCCCACUACAUCACCCGUCGCUACGCAGAGUUCUCCUCGGCCAUCGUCAGCAUCAACCAGACCUUCCCCCAUGAGCGGACUCUGACUCUCCUGGGGCAGCUCCAGACGGAGGUGGAGAACUUUGUCCUGCGCGUGGCGGCCGAAUUCUCCUCCCGCAAAGAGCAGCUCAUCUUCCUCAUCAACAACUACGACAUGAUGCUGGGGGUCCUCAUGGAGCGUGCAGUAGAAGAGAGCAAGGAGGUUGAAGGGUUCCAGCAGUUGCUCAACGCUCGAACUCAGGAGUUCAUCGAGGAGCUCUGCCCGGGUUUUGGGGGCAUGAUUGCCUUUGUGAAGGAGGCAGAGGCGCUGGCAGAAAGGGGCCAGCUGGAGCGGCUACGAGGCAAAGAAGCCCGGGUGACACAACUGGUGCGUGGCUUCGCUGCCACAUGGAAGUCGGCCGUGGAGUCCCUGAACCAGGAUGUGAUGCGCUCCUUCACCAACUUCAAGAACGGCACCACCAUCAUCCAGGGUGCGCUGACGCAGCUGAUCCAGUACUACCACCGCUUCCACAAGGUGAUGGCGCUGGCCCCGCUCAAGGCCCUGCCCAUCCGCUCCGAGCUCAUCAACAUCCACCACUUGAUGGUUGAGGUCAAGAAACACAAGCCCAACUUCUGAGGGUGGGCCGUUCCUCAUCCCACUCCAUGGCCCAUCGUCCCCAGAUCCUUGGCCCCACCGGGGGGGGGGCACUGCAUCCUGUUCCACCAUCUUGGUAUUUUUCUUCUGUCUAGUGAUAAUAAAUCCAUUCCGAACUCAA